AUGGUGUUUGUGUGCAGCAGCGGGCGCGUCGCCGUACUCCAUGGGCGCGGCGUCGGGCACGGCCACGCCCAUGAUGUCGCCGGCGCCCACGCAGGACUCCAUGGGCUACUCGCUGCCCGCGCCUCCCUACGACCAGCCGCAGCCGCCCUACGACGCCUCCAUGGCGUACGACCCCAUGCACCAGGACCUGUCGCCCUAGGUCACACGACCUGGACAGAUCCAGAAUCGUGCAGCUUCCACAAAAUUGCCAUUACUAUAAAGCGAUACCGAGAUAGCUCA